AUGGGGACCUGGAGGCCACCCCACUCCUCGGAGCAGCCUUACUCCUGGUGGCAGGGUGGAGACUGCAGGGACCUUCAGGGCCCUCCAAGUCCUCCGGGAAACGCUGCUCCAGUGUCCACAGUGGCCCUGCCCACUUGGAACUUCUUGGUCACUGUGUGCCACGCAGUGAUCCCAACACUGAGGGAAGGGAACCCCGAGGACUGGGGCGCCAUCUGGGUUCAGAGAGCACUGCCCAUGAUGGGAGGAGCUUUCAUGGACUCACCCAACGAGGACUUCAGCACCGAGUAUUCCCUGUUUAACUCAUCUGCCAACGUCCACGCGGCCUCCAACGGCCAGGGCCAGCUAGAUGAGCCCCCUCGGUCCUCCAACGACGCCGUCUUGCUGUGGAUUGCCAUCAUAGCGACGCUGGGGAACAUCGUGGUGGUUGGAGUGGUGUAUGCCUUCACCUUCUGA